AUAAAUUCGCUUUCAUCACCGCAUUUUGUUCAUUCUCCAAGCGGAUCGGAAGAAGCGAAGACCUCGGCUCUCAGGUUCUUAUCUCCUUCCAUCUACCCGCUUCCUCCGUCCUACACGCCUCCCGUGAUCCCCAGGUUUAAUUAAGUUCGUGUUUUGCUCGUGAUAGCUGAAGGAGCUAUGGGGCUCACUUUCGCAAAGCUCUUUAGCCGCCUGUUUGCUAAGAAGGAGAUGAGAAUUCUGAUGGUUGGGCUUGAUGCUGCUGGUAAAACGACGAUCCUUUACAAGCUCAAGCUCGGCGAGAUUGUCACCACCAUUCCAACUAUCGGAUUCAAUGUGGAGACUGUUGAGUACAAAAACAUCAGUUUCACUGUAUGGGAUGUUGGUGGUCAGGACAAGAUCAGACCUCUCUGGAGGCAUUACUUCCAGAACACACAAGGACUUAUUUUUGUUGUUGAUAGCAAUGACCGAGAUCGUGUUGUUGAGGCAAGAGAUGAACUCCACAGAAUGCUUAAUGAGGAUGAGUUAAGGGAUGCUGUCUUGCUUGUGUUUGCUAACAAACAAGACCUUCCAAAUGCAAUGAAUGCUGCUGAAAUAACUGAUAAGCUUGGCCUCCAUUCUCUCCGUCAGCGUCACUGGUACAUACAAAGUACGUGUGCUACAUCCGGUGAGGGGUUGUAUGAAGGGCUUGAUUGGCUCUCCAGCAACAUCGCCAGCAAGUAAUCAAAGCUGCCUUGAGGUUCAUGUCUUAACAGCACGAUUGUUAACGUUCAUUGCUCACGUUCGAUGCUUUUGAGACCUUGUGGAAACAGCAAAACUAUCAGUGUGCCACUGUUUUUCCUGCCUUUUGAAAAGUCUUAAUACUUGUCUGUAGAACAAAUACGUGUCUGGUUGUCACUUAAUAUGGUUUAUGUGAUUCUCACCAACACCUUAUUCCAUUUCUAAAAGAGACCGUCAAAUAAUAGCUUUUGCUCGUGGACA